CGAAAUCGAUUAAAAUAGCCAUUGCUUUGUCUGUUUUGUUCUCAUUUGGAUUGGUUUUGUAUGUGCCAGUCUCAGUAUUGUGGCCGAUGAUCCAGUCGAAAUUUCGCGGGUCCCCGACUCGUUACGGAGAAGCCAUAUUCCGUUCAAGCGUGAUGAUCGCGGCGACAACGCUGGCAAUCGCCGUACCAAAAAUGGUCCCCCUGCUUAGCUUCCUCGCGGCGUUGAGCAUGACCACGAUUAUGCUGCUGAUCCCUAUACUGAUAGAGACGGCGACUAAAUGGCAGCAAGCGACGCGAUUCCUUUUCGCCAAGAACAUCAGCAUCUUUCUCAUCUGGGUGUUGCUGCUGAUUUCUGGAUCGAUCGAGAGCGUAUUGUCCAUCGUCAGAGAAUACGGCGACGUGAAAGAGAAUGGAUGCUGAUUAUUGGCCAGUUAAUCAGUGAAAAUGGAGAAACCAGUUUCCUCAACAGUUGGAAAAAAAAAACAUUUAAAACGAGUGUUACACACAACAGCGUUUUUGUUGUCUUGCAAAAAUUGUUUAUAUGUAUGGAAAUAAAGUCUUGCUCCUAUUUCUCCUA